GUCUAUUCAUUGGUUUCUACUUUAUUUUAUUCUUUUUCUUUCUCUCUUAUAGUUCUAUUGUCAAAUUUGGCGAAAUGUUUGAAAUAAUCAGUUCAAGGCAUACUUGUAGAUCCUGUCAGGCUGCGCAGUGCUAUUCUUCCCCACGUUUUCAACUCUCUAGAAUCAUCUUUUUCUUCAGCCAACAACCAUCAAUAUCUAUUCUACUCUAUUGUCUUUGAAAAUAGCCUUUCCUCCCGCCCAUAUACACCCCCCUCAAACCACCCAUACGCACACAAUCAUCUUCCUCCACGGUCGCGGCAGCAACGGACUCGAAUUCGCAGGCGAAUUCUUCUUCUCCGAGAGCUCAGAGAAGCAGAAUCUCUCCUCGCAACUCCCCAGCUGGCGAUGGGUCUUCCCAACAGCCCGUGAACGAUGGGACACCCGAUUCCAAGAACACAUGGACGCCUGGUUCGAUAUAUAUUCGCUUACAAACACGGACGAGCGUCAGGAAUUACAGACGGAGGGGCUAAAAGAGUCAGUGGGGUAUGUUCUCGACAUUGUAGAGAAGGAAAUUGCCCUUCUCGACGGACGGGCAGAGAGACUGUUUCUUGGGGGAAUGAGCCAGGGGAUGGCGACAAUUCUGUGGACCUUGCUAUGCUCGCCUAUUCGACUUGGAGGGACACGGUUGGGGGGUGUUGUCGCGUUCUGCGGGUGGUUACCCUUUGCAGGACAGAUUGAGGCGAUCGUCGAGUCGCAUCCUGAUUCAUCUGCCGUGGAUAAAAGUACGCAGGUGGGGAGGCAUCUUUUGAAAAUACUCGGUUACACACCCCUGCAGAUAGAAGAACGGGAGUUUGACUCGGUCGUGUCUACGCCAGUGUUCUUGAGCCAUGGGACGGACGAUGCCUGGGUUGAUGUCGCACUGGGUCGGCAGGCAAGGCAGCUGAUCAGGCAAAUGGGGAUACAAACAGAGUGGAGGGAGUAUCUGGGAGCAGACAACGAUGGGCAUUGGAUAAAAGAACCAGAAGGGAUUGAUGAUCUUGUGCGGUUUUUACAAAGCCAUGCCCAUAUCAAUUGACGAUGCCAGCAUCCAUUCGAGGGUCCGGAAUAGCCGAGCUUCAAUGCCAGCGGGCCGGAGAUGGAGAUGGUUACUGAAUCGGGAGAAUACACUGGGUCGGAGUUGUAGAUCGGUGUAUGCGGUGGAUAAAUUGUCUUGAUAGUUGUGACGAGUGAUCAGCAUGAUUCACGAGGCAAAGAAGGUUACUCGGAACUCUACCGGAUCGUUCGGUAGGCAGUUUUGGAUUGAUGUCAUGUUGAUUCUUCUCCUGCAAGAUCAGGGACAGCAUCCAUGACUUUGUCGUCUUUGUGUAAUGAUUGGGAUUCCGGACAAGUAAAGACUGAUUUGUCCAUAUCACCUUGCAUAAACUAUCGAACAAACGCAUGUAAGAUGGCCGUGUUGUAAAUCACGCUCGUAGACGGUUGAUUAUACGGCUGUGAUUAUCGCUGUCAUCCAGUUCACCGCAUGUAGAAUUUCAAUGGCAAAG